AUGGACUUCCUAAUCUUCUAUGCCAUUUACCUGACAUACCCCUACUUGUGGAGUCGUCAUAAGUUGGUUGCUCCUUGCACUCGAGCCGAGGCUUUGUUACAUGCCGCGUACACCGUGCUAAAUGUAUUCUUUGUUGCUUUCAAACUCCCAUCAGCAACAGUAGCGAGAGACCGUGCCGGAACACUAUCAGUCCUCAAUAUUGGAUUUCUCUUCUUGACGCAUCAUCUGGGGUUCCUUGCAAAUGCUUUGGGUCUUUCAUUGGUAACAUACAAACGUAUCCAUCGGGCCGUGGGUUGGAUGAGUGGUAUUGUUCUUUUGAUACAUGUGGUAAUGGCCAUUAUUGUGAGAAAGAAUAAAUGGAGCCUUGAUCAGAUUAACAAUCUCUUCGCGCUCAUUGUGUGUCCCCUCCACUCGAAAUAA